AAGGAAAAUCUGGCACUAGACAGCGAUACUGUUGGUACUUCCAGGCAACCAGCAGCUUACGGGGUCCAAAGAGAAAUGCAGACUGAGGAGGACUUCCAAGCACGCUUUGAAAGAAGAUUCUCCUCUGCCUUGGGUGGAGCACUGCAAAUCCCUGGAGAGAAGAGAUGGCUACAGUGCAGCUUCUCCUGGGGAAGGUUCAGAAGGAUCACACUGAAGCUGUUCCCUGUCCUGAACUGGCUGUUUUCAUAUCGGUUCAGAGAAUGGAUCUUGAGAGAUCUACAUGCAGGCCUAAGUGUUGGGAUGAUUCAGAUUCCUCAAGACACGGAUUUUUGCUUUCCAGGACUUCUAGGAGUUUGGCUGACCAGGUUACCUCUGCCAAAUGUCAAUGGCUUCCUUUCUGCGUUCUGCUGCUCGAUGACAUAUGUUAUAUUUGGGACUUCGCAUCAUAUCUCAAUUGGCUCAUUCAGCAUCUUAAAUAUGGUGGUGGCAAACACUCUGAAAACUCUUAAUUUUAACCAAACGUUGUCCUCUAAUGGUUCACUGGACAAAUUCUCAGAUCCUACAUUUAUGGAGGCCUUGACACUUACUGCAUCUGUAACAUUUUUGACUGGCAUCAUUCAGUUGCUGCUGGGCUGCUUUUGCCUGGGGUUUGUAACGACAUACGUGCCAAAGACUCUGAUUGAUGCUUACCUCACUGCAGCAGCACUGCAUGUCAUUGUAGCCCAGUUUACCUUUAUUUUUGACAUCAUCCUUGACUUCCAUAAGGGCCCCCUGGACAUAUUCUAUAACCUGUUUCAUUUCUUCCUGGCUCUCCCAAAGGCUAAUGCCACCAGCAUAUUGCUCUUUUUGUUUAGCAUGGUUGUGCUUCAGCUCAGUAAAUCUAUUGUGAUAACUUAUAAACACAGUCCUAUCGCUUUUCCUAUGGAACUUCUCUUGAUUAUCACAGUCACCGUUAUUUCUAAUCACAUUCAUCUUCACGCUGAAUCUAGUAGUGCUGUGACCAGUUUGAUUCCUCAGAGGUUUCUGCCUCCUACACCUCCAGAUUUAUCAAACCCAAGCAAGAUCAUACUGCAUGCCUUGUCCCUUGCUAUUGUAAGCUAUUUCCUUCUUGUUUUUGUUGGAGAGAGGUAUGCUUCACUUCACAACUAUGAUAUUGCCAGCAAUCAGGAGCUGAUAGCUGUGGGGCUAUGCAAUAUUUGCAGCUCAUUUUUCAAAAGCUUCGUUGUCAGCUCUGUUAUUUCUGGAACUGUCAUUCAAGAGAAGACAGGUGGAAGAACACAGUUAGCAGCAGCGAUUGGAGCGUUUAUAAUGCUGGUGAUUGCACUGAAACUAGGACACUUUUUCCAGGUGAUACCUAAUUGUAUACUGGCUGCUGUUGUGAUAUUUAACAUGCUCCCUUUUCUUGAAAAAUUUCGGGACAUUCCCAUCCUGUGGAGACGGGAUAAAUAUCAUUUUGUUAUUUGGCUUGUAACUUUUGGUGCAGUGCUUUGUUUUGGUCUUGAUAUCGGUUUAGCGAUUGCCAUGGGAUUUACAUUCUUCAUAAUCACCAUUAGAUCACACAGAAUGAAGAUGGUGGUACUGGGACAGAUUCCAAACAUGAAUAUUUAUAGAAGUUUAUCCGUCUACAAAGCUGCAAGGGAGAUUGAAGGUAUCAAAAUCUUCCAGUGCUGUUCUUCCAUCUCUUUCGCAAACAUGAAUCACUUCAAAACCUAUUUGCUACAAAAGAUGGACAUGAAAGCAACGCGUCUAGAUGAAGGUGAAAUGAGGGCUUUAAUGUCACGGAGUCUGUCUGAUGCUGCAGUGGAAAGAAGAGAUCUUAAAUGUUCCUGUGGUCCACCUCUACCACCACCUAGGGUACCAUAUACAGAGAAACUGGUGAAGCAACCUCAGACAGACAGACACUCCUUGUCACCUUCAGUGAAUUUAGUACAUUGGACAAAGUACAGAGACAAAGUCAGCUCUAGGACCCUCUUGGUGGGAGCAGCUGAUUCACCCCCAGGCUUUAGCACGGGACUUACAACUGAGAAGAACAAGGAUGAAGGGGGAAGAACUUGCCUUUCACUAGGCUCUGCAAUAGAUAAUUCCUCUGUGCAGUUAGAUCAGGAAGAUCAGCCGAUGCAUUUGCCAUGUCCAGUUCGCACCAUCAUUUUAGACUUCAGCAUGGUGCAGUUUGUAGAUUUGAUGGGUUCAGAGUUAUUACGACAGAUCAUCCAUAUGUUUCACAAUAUUGGCAUUACAGUCCUUAUAGCUGGCUGUCACUCCUCUGUGAUAGCAGAUUUGGAGAAUAAUGAUUUCUUUGACAGCUGUGUCACUAAAGAAGGGUUCUUUCUAACUCUUCAUGAUGCUGUGUUGGCUGCUUUGGACAAGCAUCAAAAGCCAGAUGAGCUAGAACCUACUGCAGAAGAAUUUGCUGAAGAACCACUAACUGAACAGCAGAAGGAAAGAAGUUUGCUCUUGAAGAAGAACAAAGAUUUUUUCUCUGCAAAGAAAUCGGAUGACAAACUUGUGUGUGAAGAGCCAAUUUCAGAUCCCUCAUGCUCAGCUCAGAAUAAAGCAGAGCCAAGCUCUCUCCAGCAGUGUGAUACUCCACCCCUUCAAUCAGAUUUCCAGGACCCGGGCUGGGGGAAGAGAUGGAAGUACACCAGCAGUCCCUGA